ACGGAUAACCUAACCACAUUCUUACAACAGCACAACUCGGGUUUUACUCGAUAACUGACCGUCUAUCAGUUCGCAUUCAGUAUCAUUCAAAUUUAUUCAAAUUUACGGCCUCCGACAUUUGUAUACAGAACCGUCGCGUGUUUUGUAUAUAAACUCUGUAUACAAUAUUUGUGUAUACAACUCGUUACGAGUAUCAAAUGUUUGUAAUAUAAAGACGAAAGUUUAAAUUGUUUGCUUUAUACGAGUAAAUGUUUAAAGUAUGAUGAAGGAGCAACAGUUAGCCGAAGUCAGUGCGUCCACUCAGCUUUCGCCAGUCGUGCAUCAGAACAUCAACAUCCAACAGCAUCUACAUCAACUUCAUCUCCACCAGAAUCACACUAGUGUUAUUUUAUCGAAUGACCAACCGCAGACGUCAACACAACAUGUAUCUCCGGAAACGACAACCCAGGACCCCGACACGAAGCCUUCCAGUUCUGACAAAAAAUCUGGAAUACGCCGACAAGAAAAACCACCGUAUUCCUACAUAGCGUUGAUAGUGAUGGCCAUUCAACAUUCUCCAACUAAAAGGCUGACGCUUAGUGAAAUAUACACGUUUCUGCAGCAAAGGUUUCCGUUUUUUCGUGGCUCCUACCAGGGUUGGAAAAAUUCAGUGCGGCAUAAUUUAUCUUUGAACGAGUGUUUCAUCAAGCUGCCCAAAGGACUAGGGAGGCCGGGUAAGGGACACUACUGGACAAUCGACCCUGCCAGUGAGUUCAUGUUCGAAGAGGGCUCUUUCAGAAGGCGGCCCAGAGGUUUCCGGAGAAAAUGCCAAGCUAUGAAACCGCAGUACCAUCCGGGAACAUUCUUCACAAAUAAUAUGGCUGGGAUAGUAAACCAAACCACGGGGUAUGAUCACCAGACCUUGAUGCAACCUCAAGAAUAUUCUACUUGUUCUUAUAACGCCGGUUCGCCGCAAGUUUCAUCCGUAUCUGCGUCGCAUUACACGAAUUAUGAUUACCCUUCGGUUUAUCAGCAACAAUGUGAAAGGGACUGGGGUUCUUCGAGUACUUUGUUGCCUGCUUAUUCGGAUAGUGCUAUCACGAGUACUUACUUGAAAGCUCCUCUGAGUCCUAUGCCGGAAAAUCAGGACACCCCCCCUCCUGCUUUGACCGACAACUAUUAUCCCUAUGGCACGAUUACCUCCUCGUCGAAUGAUAACAUGUUGAGGCCCUCAAGUAACACAAUGCAGCCAAUCCAAUGUGAUAGAAAACCCUACAUAAGCCCUCCACCGCCAUCGAUUCCGUCAUCUCUACCGUCACCUCCUACAGCAAAUACACCACACUCAUAUUAUGAGUCAUCUGUUAAAUAUAGUAUGUAAUUGAUUUAGUAAAUUUUUUUGUGAACUAUACCCUAGAAUAUAAUAUAAUUACGAUGUCGUUAGGUAUAGGUGAAUUAGGGAGAGCAACAAUGUAACAGCGCCCAUGAAGAACUUUUUUUUUAAUUUUUUGUAACCGGCCUGUUCUCUAUUUGAAUUUCUUCUGAUUAUUUAUUCAAUACCAUUAUCAAUUGUUGUUUUCAUGUACAACUUUACUGUAAAACUUGUCAAUGACAGAAUGCCUGGGAAAAGGAUCAAUAUCAUUUUGAAACUUUCUCCUGAUUUAAACACUUCUCCACACCAGAACAAAAAAACUGUCUCGUGAAGCGCAUUUCGCUAACCAAGAUAGUUUCAUUUAGAUAUGACUGAAAGACUAAUUUUUCUAGGUAUACUGAUGGUUUCAUUUGCAUAUAAAUAUUGAUUUCAAUUUAAGAGUCACCGGUAGACAGCUGUUUCAGCCUAGUGGGCAUCGUCAGUGCCGGGCAGGCGGUCCUCGAUUGAAGACAAAAUGUGGAUAAAUUGAUUAGCGAAAUGCAUGUCGAGCAAUACUAUUUUUCUUCUGGUGUAAGAAAAGGUUUUAAAUAGAUUCACUUUUCCCCAGAGAUUCCAACUUUCACUCAUCAUGCAUUUCUUUGCCGAAGUUUUGAAUUUUAUCAAGUUUGUCCCAGAUGCUCCACGAUAAUAAUUUCUUAAGGCAAUGUACAUCAUACUUGCCAAUAUACAGUUAUAUUUAAUGUUACCAAUACAACCGACUUCAACACAAAAGUUUGUUGAAACCAAUUUUAAAAUAAUUGGGAAGAAGAUAUUUGAUUUUCUUACCGUUUAUGACCUUGAAAAUAUCUGCGCGUCGUUUCUAUGAUUAGAAGCACAUAAUUAUCCAACUGGAAUCAGAAUAUUGACUCAACUAUUCAUUUGAUAGAACUGCAAUGGUCCAGACAACUUUCACACUGGCCAAGUUGUAGAGUGCUUUAGCAGAAAUGAUUAUUAUAAAAGUAGGAACAGAUUCAAUACAUUCAAUACAAAUAUAGUAACUGAAUACAGCUGUGCUUUAAUCGUUAGAUUCAUUUUGUGUGACACUAUGAAGCGCUUACGAUAACAAUGCCGGUACAAACAAAAACAACACAAAGUCUAUCAAUAAUACAAGAAUUUGAAAGAUAAUAGAAUCGGAAAUCACCAAUGUCUUGACACGGAUAUUAUUAAAAAUUUUAGAAAUUUACAAUUACUAAAUGUCGGAGUCCAAUAGUAUUGUAGUUCAAUUUUAAUUGCAAAAUUGUCAGAAAAUACGGCUUCUGCUUUAUGAAUACUAUUUAUAAUAAAUCAAAAUAGUUGCGUUACAAUGAAACGGUGUUCAUUAAAAAGAUUAUGAGCGAUAAGAAACAAUUUUGAAACAACCAAUUGUAAUGUUAAAAAAAAAAAUUCAGUUUUUUUUUCAACUGCUAGUAAUAAUAAAUCAUUCAACUAAAAUACUUACCUUGUAGAUAGAGAACAUGUCCUCCAACACUACUUCAUUAAAAUAUUAAUUACCAAGUUUUCAACAAUCAAACUAAAAUAAACUAACUCAAAUAGAGAACAUAACUCUUGAACAAUAGAUAUGAAUAUAACAACUUUAAUCGAAAAUUCACUUUGACUGUAUUGUAAAUUGGAUCCAUCCAUGUUGUUGAAGCAGCUAUUAUGGUGUGGUAAACACAAUUGUAGCUUGUAUCGAUACAAAAUAGCAAGUGCAUUAAUGAAACAAUCGUGAAAAUGAAAUUCAUUAAAAUAAUGACAGGAAAAUUUCAUUUAUAUCAGAUUUGAAAAUUGAAGUCGUAUUAGAGAAGAAAGUCAUUCAACCGUUCUGACAGUAAGUCAGAUAGAAUACAAAUUUCGAUCUCUAACAAAUAAGUUCUUAGAUAGAAACAAUCAGAAGUUCUUCGAAUGGUUGAAAUAUUCCAAAUUCAACACUUUUGGAAGUUGAAUUCAUCCGUCAAAGGGCAUUUUUUUACAUGUCCCAUGAUGAUU